AAAUCUUCUGGAUUUAUUUUCGAAUUGAUUAUCAUUGUAGAAUAAUUUAUAAACUAAUUUAAUAAAUAAAAAUAAUCAUAAUGCUUUUUAUAUUUAUUAUUUUAUUAUUGAUCAUUUUUUUCUUUUUUUACUGGAUUGGAUAUUUUCAUGUUAUUUUUUCAAAAAAAAUUGACAGGAAUUCUGACAGACAUGCUGGUGAAAUAGUUGCAAACGUUUUAAAAGCUCAUGGUGUAAAAUUUCUAUUCACUCUAACUGGAGGUCACAUUUCUCCGAUUUUGGUCGCCUCCGAGAGAAAGGGCAUUCGAGUAGUCGAUGUUAGGCAUGAGGCCACGGCUGUUUUUGCAGCCGAUGCAGUUGGUAGGCUGUCUGGGGGCAUUGGUGUUGCAGCUGUCACUGCUGGGCCAGGAGUUACGAACACAAUCACAGCCCUCAAAAAUGCCCAAAUGGCCGAAUCACCCGUCCUUCUGAUUGGCGGAGCUGCUGCAACAUUUUUAAAAGGUCGCGGGGCCCUGCAGGAUAUCGACCAAAUGGCCCUACUGAGGCCCAUUUGUAAGUUUACCGCCACCGCAAGAAGGAUCCAGAACAUCAGACCACUACUCUAUAAAGCAAUCCAGGUAGCCCAAUCUGAUACACCUGGACCCGUUUUUGUGGAAUUCCCGAUCGACCUACUCUACCCCUACAGAAACGUUGCCCAAGAGAUUGGAUUGUCGUCGGGCGCUGGUGCUGGCGGCAUCAUGAAGAAGUUGAUUAAUUUCUACCUGCAAACGCGUCUGGACUGCCUGUUUGCCAAUGGUUUCGACGAUUUGGGCACCCAACUACCUUUACCCUGGCCCGUAUCUUUCCCCCUGGCCUCUAGCAAACAAAUGCAGCGGUGCAUGAAGCUGAUUAGCAGGUGCAAGAAGCCAGUCCUCCUGCUUGGAAGUCAGUCGGUUACGAUCCCGACAGCGGUCGACGAUUUAAGAAGAGCCGUUGAGACUUUUGGAGUUCCGACGUUUUUGGGCGGCAUGUCCAGGGGUUUGCUGGGUAGCAAAAGUUCGAUACAGUUCAGGCACUGCAGGAAGGAUGCUCUCAAAGAAGCUGACUGUAUUAUAUUGGCCGGAACCGUCUGUGACUUCAGGUUAAGUUAUGGCAGGUCGUUCAAUAAGAAAGCGAAAAUCAUCUCAAUAAACCGAGAUGCUAGUCAGCUUAAGAAGAAUUCCGAUUUGUUCUGGAGUGCAGCCAUCACAGUGCAGGCAGACGUGGCAUCGUCCAUCGUGCGUAUCGUAGAAGGAUUGCCGGGCUACAAAUGCGAGCACGGAUGGAUUGAAAGUCUCAGACAAAAGGAUAUCUUCAAAGAAAAUGAGAUUCGCGAACGUGGAAGACAAGCAACUGAACAGCACUUAAACCCAAUAAAGAUCUUAAUGGAGUUGGAAGACUUUUUGCCCGAAAAAUCAAUCCUAGUGGCUGACGGGGGAGACUUUGUGGGCACGGCUGCAUACAUAUUGAGACCUAGAGCCCCCCUGACGUGGUUAGACCCUGGUGCCUUCGGCACCCUUGGUGUCGGCGGGGGGUUUGCGUUGGGGGCCAAACUUUGCCGGCCCGAUCACGACGUCUGGAUCAUAUAUGGCGAUGGCUCGUUGGGGUUUAGUGUCGCCGAGUUUGAUACUUUCACCAGGCAUAAGACACCCGUUAUAGCCCUGGUAGGCAACGACGCAUGUUGGAGUCAAAUCGCCAGAGAUCAGCAGAGAAUACUGCAAGCUCCUACAGCCUGCAAUCUUGCUUUCUGCAAGUACGAACUCGUCUGCAACGGUUUCGGUGGGAAGGGAUUUCAAAUAAACAGAGAUAGUCAGAAUAUUUCGAUCAUUUUCGACGAGGCGAUCAGGAACUCGAGGCGAGGAACGAGCGUCUUACUCAACUGCUUCAUCGGAAAGACGGACUUCAGAGACGGAAGUAUCAGCGUCUAGUGGGGCUUUCUGAUGUUUGACCUCAGUCACCGAGCCAAAUGAGAGAAAUGCCUCCACGAGAAACUUUAUUUGGUCCAGAGUUGUCUGAGCGUUAGAAUGCGUAAUUUGGCUUAAUUUUAUUACAGUUUUCUUAAUUGAUUAAUCAUUUAAUUAAUCUAUUAAUCAAAUAAUUAAUCAAUUAUUUUAAUUAUUUGAUUAAAUGCAAUUUAUGCUUUAAUUAUUUAUUACUUUUAUUUUAUUAUCUACUAAUGAUAAUUAUUAAAAUAGGAUAUGUAAUGAAAUGGUUUGUGUGGGUGUAUAUUGUGUGUGUGUGAGAUUUAAAAUUUUAAGUGCGUGAAGUUAGGAAGAUGAUAACAACCAUUGAUGAUGAUAUCAGCAGAUAACAUUACGUUCUAAUGCCUAAGUUCCCAGUUUAUUUAAUCAUUAAGGAGGAAUUUUUCUAGUAUUAUUAUUACUAAUUAUUAUUACUAAUUAUUAUUAUUUAUCGUUGUUAUUGUGUGAGCAUAGUAUAAAUAAUUAUUAUAUGGCUUGUAUAUAAAUUGAAUGAAACACGAAAUAUUAUAUGAAUUCUCUCUUUUAAAUGGUUUAGUUUUUUGUUCUUGUUGAUAAUGUUUAUAAGUUUAACGUUUAGACUGUUUAUGAAGCUAUCUUAAAGUAAAUUGUUACAUCUGUUUAAUCAUUUUGUUAAUGUUAAACAAUUUUUUUUCGUUUUAAAAAUUUUUCCUCCUACAUUAAAGAAUGUAAUAAAAGUUUCUAUCUCAAAGCAA